CUCAUGUUGGCCCCUGACUGUGAGUACUUUGAUUGUAUUGUUAACUACUAAUCGACUCUAUUCCGUAUCUCAGAUCCAUGUGCCGAUGAUGGUCUCCGCACAGGACACAAGUCACCGUUGUACCAUAAAUCCCAUGCAAGUCACUAGCCUCGGUUGAGCAAUUGGCGUGCGGAGAACGAACUCCAGCGCCCUGUUGUUGUUAUCGACAAUGUCUACAUCUCAAAAUAUAUGCAAUCGUGGUCUCUUUGUUCAUCAUGUAAGUCCCAAGACAUUCAAGCCUGGAAACCAGGAAAUCUUUCAACAUGGGUAGUCUCGGGUCAACAACAGGCUUCGCAGCCCAAAAUGCACAUCUCGAUUUCGAUGUGCUCAUAAUCGGCGCCGGCUUGAGUGGGAUAUAUUCAUUGUAUCGGAUGCGACAGCUGGGAUUGAGAGCCAGAGUCCUCGAAGCCGGUACGGGAGAGGGAGGUACCUGGUAUUGGAACAGAUAUCCCGGCGCUCGCUUCGACUCCGAGAGUUAUUCUUACAACUUUUCAUUCUCACAAGAGGUGUUGGAUGAAUGGGAUUGGACGGAGCAUUUCGCGCCUCAGCAUGAAACUCUACGGUAUAUUCAGUUCGUCACCGACAAGUUCGAUUUGCGACGGGACAUGCAGUUCAACACCGAAAUCAAGACGGCACAUUAUGACGACGAAAGUCGGUCCUGGGAAUUGACCGAUGACCAAGGUCGUCGCUACACCUCGAGAUUUCUCAUCACGGCAAUGGGACUGUUGAACAAGCCGACGUUACCCAACAUACCUGGCGUCGAAGAUUUCAAAGGACAAUCUUUUCACAGUGCACGAUGGCCACGAGAGCCAGUUUCACUCGAAGGGAAGCGUGUGGGCAUCAUCGGGACAGGAGCGACUGGGAUACAAAUCAUCCAGGAGAUCGUCAAGACCGUGGGCCACCUGACUGUGUUCCAACGCACGGCCAAUUGGUCUGCGCCCCUUCGCAACGCCAAAAUUAGUGCCGAGGAGAUGGACGGGAUUCGGAAAAGGUAUCCCGAGAUUUUCAGACAGUGCAGAGAAUCGGCGACGUGUUUUCUUCAUCCUGCACAGCCGAAGAACUCGACCGACGUGUCGGACGAGGAACGAACGGCAUAUUGGGAGGAGAUAUAUUCUCGGCCGGGGUUUGCAAAAUGGGUAAGUAAUUUUGCCGACGUGGCGUACGACAGACAGGCGAACGCCGCGUGUAGCGAGUUCUUCGCCAACAAGAUCCGUGAACGUGUCAAGGACCCCGAGACGGCGGAGAAGCUCAUCCCGAAAGACCACGGCUGGGGAACGCGUCGCAUACCCAUGGAGACGCAUUACUUCGAAGCGUACAACCGGGACAAUGUUCGGUUGGUCGAUCUCCGAGAGGAUCCGAUCGAGAGAAUUACCGAGAAAGGGAUCAAAACCAAAAACGGAGAGCACGAUUUGGAUAUUUUGAUCUAUGCGACUGGGUUUGAUGCCGUGACGGGUUGCUUCACGGCCGUGGAUUUCCAGGGCGUGAAUAAGAAAAAGUUGAAGGACGUCUGGUGUGAUGGGCCGCAGACUCAACUAGGCCUUUUCGUCCAUGGCUUCCCGAACAUGAUGAUGGUCAUGGGUCCUCAUCAGAUGUUUGGCAACAUACCUCGGAGUAUAGAAUAUGCCGUGGGUUGGAUCGCAGAGUGUAUAAGACAUUGUCGAGACAAUAACAUCACGCGGAUCGAGGCCACCGAAAAGGGAGUGGAGGAGUGGACGGACCACGUCACCCAGUGUUCCGUUGGACUUUUGACGAACGAGGUCGACUCGUGGAUGACGGGUAUCAACAAGAACUUGGCUCAUAAACAAAAGAGGCACAUUGCAAGAUACAUGGGACCGGCGCCGGGUUACAGGAGACGGUGCGAUGAGGUUGCGGCUAGAGGAUAUUCCGAUCUCAACCUGGAUUGAUAUUGAUGUUGAUACUUGAUCUACCAGUGAGAUAUGUAUAGUCGGCGCGAAAUGUUCGGAGAGGGUGUAUUAUACAUACAAUGCCAUUUGCGUAUCCAC